CUAAUCUAAAUUCAAAAAAUGUAAAUAUUGAAAUUCAAACAUAAAAUUAAACAAAUAUAUUUCCAUAAUAAAAUUGCUAUUAUUAGGUUCCACGUGCAAAGGAUUACGUUGCUUUAGAUUGCUUAACAAGUCCUUUGAGAUAGCAGCGGCUAACUAACACUCGAAAACGAACAAUAAACAAAGAAAAUCAGAGGUUAUAUAACCUUAAACCCCAGUAUAGAUAAAAACUACUGUGUUUUUAGUUAAUAAGCAUAUUUUAGUCGUUUUGGAGGCAGAAAAUGGGUAGCGAAGGUUUGAAAGAAAAUACCCUCGUGGGUAUGGGAAAUCCCCUUCUAGACAUCUCCACUGUUGUCGAAAAAGAUUUCCUAGAAAAAUAUGGUCUAAAGCAAAAUGAUGCUAUUCUAGCAGAUCCUGUAAAACAUAAGGAUCUUUAUUCAGAAAUUACUGAAAAAUAUCAAGCCCAAUAUAUUGCUGGAGGUAGUGUACAAAAUACUUUAAGGGUAUGCCAGUGGCUAGUAGGAAAACCAAAUACUACCACAUUCUUUGGCUCAGUGGGUGAAGAUAAUUUUGCCAAAAUUUUAUAUGAAAAAGCUGUGACGGAUGGUGUUAAUGUUAAAUAUCAAUAUACUGAUAAGGAACCAACAGGGACCUGUGCUGUCCUGAUAACGGAUCACCAUAGAUCUUUAUGUGCAAACCUGGGUGCAGCUAAUCUUUUUACUAUUGACCAUAUUAAAAAGGCUGAAAAUCGGAAGAUUCUUGAAAAUGCCCUAUUUUAUUAUAUAUCAGGUUUCUUUUUAACAGUGAGCCCUCCGUCCAUAAUGGAAACAGCCAAAAUAGCCCUGGAAAGGGACCGGCCUUUGGCUUUCAACUUAAGUGCUCCCUUUAUUUCCCAGUUUUAUAAAGAACCAUUGAUGCAAGUCCUACCUUAUGUAGAUGUUAUUUUUGGAAAUGAAUUGGAAGCAGAAACUUUUUCACAAGUACAAGAUUUGGGUACAACAGAUAUGAAAGAGAUCGCUCUGAAAAUAUGCAAUUUGCCAAAACAAAAUGAAAAGCGGGCGAGAGUUGUUAUAUUGACUCAGGGCAUCCAUCCUGUUAUUAUGGCUUAUAAGGAUAAAAUUAAAGAGUUUCCUAUUAAAGUUUUACCCGAAGAUAAGCUGGUUGACACGAACGGUGCAGGAGACGCUUUUGCAGGUGGAUUCCUGUCUCAGUACAUACAAGACAAAGAUUUGGACACAUGCGUAAGAUGCGGUAUUUGGGCAGCUAGAGAAAUUAUCCAAAGGAGCGGUUGUAGUUUCGACGGCAAACCCACUUUUGACUCGUGCAGUGAAUAACGAUUACUUUUUUUCUGUAGGCAACUUAAAGCAAUUUUAUGUAACGAAUUUUAAUCAUAGUACAAUUUUAAUAUAUUGCCUCUAUUAAAUGGUUUGUUUCAAAAUAAUGGCGAAAUGCCAUCAGCCCUUCAAUGUACUUACCGAUAAUUUUUUACCGUUGUUCAAUAAAAAAAGACGUUAGUGUU